UGCUGGGAUCGCGUUGACUGGCUUCACAGUCCGCUGCGGUUGAACAGCAGAGAGUAGCCGGAUGCCUCAGUACAGUUUUUUGAGUGCAUGAAUACCUUUGUAAAGCCGAACGGUUGUUGCGUUUCACUUUGCGAUUCGACCUUCAAGAUGCUCUCAAACUGUGAGUGGAAAUGAGGCUGAAAUCUGUUAUUGUGGAUCUCAUACUUAAGGUCUGACUGCUUCACCCACCUGUCACCCUGGCAGCACAGGAAGCCAAGCGUGGGGAGGAGCUAAGCCCUGGCAGCAUGGUGUCUGCUGUGGGUAACGGCUCUGUGCCCAGUCCUCAGAGCGAGGCGGUGGCCAGUGAGCUGCAGGAACUCUCUCUGCAGUCUGUACCGAGCUUACUGCCUCUGAAAGAACGCAAGAAUGUUCUUCAGCUCAAACUACAACAAAGAAGGACGCGAGAGGAGCUGGUCAGCCAAGGAAUCAUGCCUCCUCUGAAGAGUCCAGCUGCCUUCCACGAACAGAGGAAAAGUCUGGAGAGAGCACGCACUGAGGAUUACCUGAAGAGGAAGAUCAGGAGUCGGCCAGAGAGGUCAGAACUGGUCAGAAUGCACAUCCUAGAAGAGACUUCAGCCGAGCCGUCACUGCAGGCCAAGCAGCUGAAGCUGAAGAGAGCUCGACUGGCAGACGAUCUCAAUGAUAAAAUCUCCCACCGGCCUGGUCCUAUCGAGCUCAUCCACAAGAACAUCCUCCCUGUGCACACGCUCAUUGGUACAGAGUCUCCAAAGGGUGAGAGUUCCUCAUUGGAUGAGGACAGUAGUGAUGCGCUGUCACCGGAUCCCCUGUGCAGUCAGGACUCUCCGUUGGGUCUUGCCCCUCAACACUCCCCCUCUGAUAUGCUGAAUAUGAAUGGAGACUUAUCACCCACUCGGUUUCUCACUCAGGCCCCACCUCCUCCACUUGUUGCAUCUGAUGCCUCUCCACCACAGAAUCUAACCAGUGAAACUAACAUGACAAACUCUUCCCGUCCACCAACGGGACAUACAAAGUCCAAGUCCAGCACAGAUCGGACUUCUCAUCGAUCCAAGAAACCCAAAGAUAACAAGCCCAAAGUGAAGAAACUCAAAUAUCACCAGUAUAUUCCACCUGACCAGAAGAACGACCGGGAGCCGCCUCCUCAGCUGGACUCUUCGUACGCCAAGAUCCUCCACCAGCAGCAGCUUUUCCUUCAGCUUCAGAUCAUCAACCAGCAACAGCAGCACUACAACUAUCACACUAUCUUACCCGCCCCUCCAAAACUUUCUGCUGAAAAGCAGCAACCAACCAGUCUGGGCCCCUCCCCUUCCCAGACUAUUUCCACAUGCUCGACAGUCUCCUCCAAUCAGAAUGGGCCCAAUCGUCAGAGCCAGCCUACAGUGGGAGGAGCUAAGCCCAGCACUUUGCCUGCAAACCUGGAUGAGUUCAAAGUUGCGGAACUUAAACAUGAGCUCAAACUGAGGGGUCUGACAGUAUCGGGAACUAAAAACGAUCUCAUUGAACGACUGAAGAACUACCAGGAGCAGAACAAUGGAUCAUCAGCCGCAGGAGCUGCAGCUAUAAAAAAAACUGUUCCUGCUCAGCUACCGCAGGUGUCCGUUCAGUCGUCUGGUGCCGCCCCACAUCAAACCACAAAAGACGCGGCUGCUCCAGUGUCUGCCUUUCCCAAAGCGGCUACCACUAGGGUCCACAGCACAACUCCACCUCAAAUCAUGCGCUUCAGCAGCACAAGCUCCUCCCCUCCUGUAUCUCCUACCCCCUCCGACCGCUCUCUGGCCGGAUUGAGUCCAGAUGAGACCAGCUGCAAUGGAGAUGUGUUUGGAGAAAUGGUUAGCUCACCUCUCACCCAGCUCAGCCUGCACCCCUCUCCAGACCACCCAUCUCCAAUUAAAGAGGAGUCUCUCGGGCUGAUGCAGGCAUCCUGCAGCCUUUCUCGCUCGGGUUCGCUUCCAGUCUCACAGCGUCAGGAUCCGUUAGGAUCUGCAGUGGACAAAGACCAAAUGCUUCAGGAGAAGGACAAGCAGAUCGAGGAGCUGACACGCAUGCUCAGACAGAAGCAGAGGCUGGUGGAGACUCUGCGCUCUCAGCUGGAGCAGGGUAAGCGCGGAGCAGCUGCAGAGGUCUCAGACAACACGGGUAAUGCUGAAAUACCUUCACUGUCUAACGGAGUGGAAGUGAGGGUGAAGGAAGAGGUCAAGGAGGAAAUGGACACAUCAGAGGACCUGCAGAAGCAAGUCCAGCCCAUGAAAAAGAUCCAGACGCCGUGUUCGCAGCAGACUCUGCUCAAGCUGCAGCAGAUUCACCGGCUGCAGGUGCAGCAGCAGCAGCAAAUGCUGGUGGACCUACCAAACGUACAGAACGCACAGUUACUGCAACAGCAAAAGCAGCAAAUUAACCCACAGAAACUGCAGCAAGAGCAAGGAAAGACACAGGUGUUACAGCUGCAGAAGCAGCAGAAGGCACAAUUACUGCAGCAGCAGAAGUUGCAGUUACUGCAGCAGCAGCAUAAGGUGAAGUUACUACAACAGCAGCAACAGAAGACACUGUUACAACAGCAGCAGAAGAAUCAAUUGCAGCAGCAAAAGAAGACAGCAUUACUGCAACAGCAGCAGCAACAAAAGUUGCAGCAGCUCAUCAUCCAGCAGAGCCAACAAAAGCAGCUACAAACCAAUCAGAAGCAGCAACAGACGCCACAGUUACAGACACCACAGGUUUCACAGGUGUUCAUCAAUCAGCCGUCUAGUACUCAAAUUACUACGUCUUUCCCACUGGAUCUCCUGAAAGCUCACCCCACACCCACGCUGGUCACUGACAGCAAUGGCAACCGUUAUCUGAUUGCACUCACCAGUAAUAGUUUGGAAAGCCUGACUGGAAAGUCUCCUCAGAGCAAAACUAAUGGACGGAUUACUCUACAGAGAUUGCAGUCAACCCCUUCUAAGCUCCCUAGCCAGUCAUCUGCUGAUAUGGCUAGUUCUGCCAACCAAUCACAAGCUGUCAAAGAGCCCAUCUCCAAAGUUCAGAAAGUAGGGCUCCACUUGGAAACCACAAGUGUUCAGGAGUCUAGCCAGCCAGUGUCCGCCCCACCCAGCUUUGAGCCCUUCUUCUCUGGGGAUUCUAACCCACUGAACAAACCCUCUUCACCCCCUUCAUUUAAGGAGGACACUUGCCCAACUUUUGAUCGACAUACUUUGUUCACCCCUUCCUCCCCAAAGCCGAACUCUCACCCCCCUCAACAUUUUAAAGAUAAUGUCUCUAACAACCAGCAAAUAGAUGAUUUGUUCGAAAUCCUGAUCAAGAGUGGAGAAAUUUCAUCUGGAUUUAAAGCCAGUCAAGACCCCUCCCUGUCAGACCUCCACUCCAGCCCACCCACUCCAUCCCCACCUCCUUCUCCGCUCCACCUCUCGCCACCCACACAUCACCCUGACCCUGUUCCCGCUCCUUCCCAGCAGCUCCCGGACACCCAGGACAGGCCUUGCUCUAGAGCUGUCCGCCUCGAGGACUUCCUGGAGAGCACCACCGGUGCUCCUCUCCUUGGCGUGGAGCCGGACGGCCCAUUGACGUUGAUCGAUGACCUCCACAACCAAAUGCUGAGCACUUCCAGUAUUCUGGACCAUCCCUCAUCUCCAAUGGACACCAGUGACCUGAGCUUCUCACCCCACCCAGCCAACCUGGACUUUGAAGACCCCACCCUGGAUGUCAUGGAUUGGCUGGACAUACCCGUGGUAGGAGGGGGCAGUAAUUGUAACGGCGGGGGUAUGGUCCUUGCCCCUCUCAGCUCGCACACCCCACCCAGUGUAUUUUCUGCAGACUUUUUGGACAGUUCAGAUCUGCAGAUCCAUUGGGACUCGUGUUUGUAGCUUUUGGUCUUAAUUGCUUGAUGACACACAAUUUAGCACCUUCAACCUUACUGUGUAUAAGGCUGUACACAAAACACUCCAGAUGCACAUAUGCUGUUUCUUAUGCUGAAAUUUUUUUCUUCAUAUUCCUGUGCCGAAUGGUAUUUAAACAGUUCCUGUGUCUGAUAGGUCCUCUUAAGCACUGAAUUUUAAGCUCUCAUUUACUGCAUCAUACCCAAAUGUUUUACAUCACACGGCACUGUUGCCUUUGCCAACAGAGAGACCAAUCUGGACCCCGAAACCAACUUCUCACACGUUAAACAGCUAAACUAAACCCAUACUUUGGUCUAGUUAUUAGACCAGUUGUCCAUGCUGGAUAGGCUAAAUUUUUACUUUAAGCACAUUCUCCACUACUUAUUUUUGGCACCAUAUAGUGUUACUUCUACCGAUCUCAAUAAAGUUAUGAACUCAUGACCAUUAUAUGAGGCUAUUUCUGCACCACGUUUCACAAACACGUUUCAUCGACAAAUGAAAUGGAGAAAAAAAUAUGAGAUAUCAUAGACCUCCUUGCAUUUGAACCCUUUUGGCAUGUUAGUUCUUCCAACAUUGCACUUAAGCUGACCCGACUGGUGCUCUGGUCUACAUGACCCAAUUUAAUGGGAUCUGCAGGGAACCAGGUUUGGUGACGUUCACCAGAUCUCUAUGCAUUGCUGUAAUUUAGGAUCAUGUAAUGAUGAAACCUUUGUUCUUUUCCCUCUGAUUGUAGCGAUUCGCUGGUGGAGGUCAGUGCUGGGGUUCAGGUUUCAGAAUAUUUGGAACUUAUUGUUUUUUAAAAAAGGAAAAAAAUAAAAGAAAAAAAAAUGCA